AUCAAUCAAAAACAAAAACACAAAAUUUUCCAACUCAGCUGAUUAGUCUUCUUCCUUUCAACUGUCACACUCUCUCUUUCCCUCAAAUUAUUCUGCCACAUAUCACUUGAAAAUCUCCACUAUAAUUUACAACGUGACCUUGUUGCAUUUUCAUUUGAGAACGAUCGCUGACAAAUCAACAAACAGAUUAAAAUUUUCCAAAUUCAUCUCUAAUUCCACUAGGUUUUAAAAAAAGAGAGAAAAGAUGCAAGCGUCAACUUUUAUGGUCAAAGGCAAUUUAGGGAUUGAAGUUCGAAAUCGUAAAGUGGGUAUUGGUGGGUUUAAGGGAUCAAGCUCAGUUCUUUGCAGUAAUUUGAGAUUUGUGAAUGUUAAUGACAAUAAUUUAAAGGGUAAUUCCUGUAAAUUGAGUUGUGGGUCGGUUUCUAUGGGAGCUGGAUUUGGAAGAUUGGGACUUGAUCAUGUGUUGAUGUCAUCAACCAAGUACAGAUCAGUUAGGGCUCAAGCUGCUUCUGGAGGAGAUCUGGAAGAUGCUACUCCUGAAAAAUAUCAAGGCAAAUCUUCUGCAUCAGUUUUGCCAUACGUUGGUGUUGCUUGUUUAGGAGCCAUUUUGUUCGGAUAUCACCUUGGUGUAGUAAAUGGAGCUCUGGACUACCUCUCUGCAGAUCUGGCUAUUGCUGGAAAUGCUGUUUUACAAGGAUGGGUUGUGAGCAUAUUACUUGCUGGAGCUACUGUUGGUUCAUUUACUGGCGGAUCUUUAGCUGAUCAAUUUGGAAGAACAAGGACUUUCCAGCUAGAUGCAAUUCCUCUUGCAAUAGGAGCUUAUCUCUGUGCCACAGCACAAAGUGUACAGAUAAUGAUGAUUGGUCGUUUACUUUGUGGUAUUGGAAUUGGUAUUUCAUCCGCUUUAGUCCCAUUGUACAUUUCUGAGAUCUCACCAACUGAAAUUCGAGGUGCACUUGGUUCCGUGAAUCAACUUUUUAUAUGCAUUGGUAUUCUUGCUGCUUUGGUGGCUGGAUUGCCUCUAGCAGGGAACCCGUUAUGGUGGAGGACAAUGUUUGGUAUAGCAACAAUUCCCUCUGUCCUCUUGGCUGUUGGGAUGGGCUUCUGUCCAGAAAGCCCUAGGUGGCUUUUUCAGCAAGGAAAAAUUGCUGAAGCACAAAAAGCUGUAGCAGCUCUCUAUGGAAAAGAAAGGGUUCCUGAGGUGAUAAAUGAUUUGAGAACAUCUGUUCAAGGAGGAUCUUCUGAACCAGAAGCUGGCUGGUUUGAUCUAUUCAGUAAACGUUACCGAAAAGUGGUAAGUGUUGGCGCUGCACUUUUCCUGUUCCAACAAAUGGCAGGAAUUAAUGCUGUGGUAUACUACUCCACGUCUGUAUUCCGUAGUGCUGGAAUUGCAUCAGAUGUUGCUGCUAGUGCCCUUGUUGGAGCAUCAAAUGUUUUUGGCACUGCUGUCGCCUCUUCGUUAAUGGACAAGCAAGGAAGAAAAAGCUUGCUGAUGACAAGUUUCUCGGGAAUGGCUGCUUCAAUGUUGUUACUCUCUCUAUCAUUCACAUGGAAGGUUUUAGCACCAUACUCGGGCACACUUGCCGUUGUCGGAACUGUUCUAUAUGUCCUCUCUUUUUCACUUGGUGCUGGUCCUGUGCCUGCUCUUCUACUUCCAGAGAUCUUUGCAUCCAGAAUCCGAGCUAAAGCAGUCGCUUUGUCACUGGGAAUGCAUUGGGCGUCAAACUUCAUAAUUGGGCUCUACUUCUUGAGUGUGGUGAACAAGUUUGGAAUCAGUACAGUGUAUCUGGGCUUCGCAUCAGUGUGUCUACUAGCCGUCUUGUAUAUAGCAGGUAAUGUUGUUGAAACAAAAGGCCGAUCACUUGAGGAGAUAGAGCUCGCUCUGAGCCCAACUGUUUAAGUCGGAGUUAAACAGUUUUUGAUCUGAAGAGAGAAUGGUCUUUAAUAAUUCCCGAAUUUAGGCGUCUUUUGCUAGUUUUGAUGCUCAUUAGCAGAUUGAUGUUCAACUCUGUGAUCUAAAGCUUCUAUAAACAGCUGUGGUAUCAACCUUUGUAAUUCUUAGUGUUAGUAAUUUGUCUCACCUUCUCAGUAAAUCACAAAACCAGGGUUCUUUAACUCAA